ACAAACGGCACACCACCAUACUUCUGAAGCUGCCCACCCACCUCCAUCUCUCUCUCUCUCUCUCUCUCUCUCUCUCUCUCUCUCUCUCUCUCACAGCUCACCUCGGUUCACCGCCACCGCCGCCGCGCGUCUCGCCUCUCUCUUCCGUCUGUGCUCGGCUGCUCACGUCUCGCCGCGCCUCCCUCGGCCAGUGAGUGCUCGAGCUGUGCGUGGUUUUUGCUGCCUGCACUGCAGCGUGCGUGUUUGUCUCUGCUCGAUUCUGCCUCUGCAACAACAGGUGAACAUUUCAGGGUUUAUGAAUAUGAAUUGAUUCUGCCUCUCAGUCACACUCACCGUUCGUCUCGUCUCGUCGCCGGCGUCUCAACAUCUCGCGGCCUUCCCUGGGCUCCUCGUCGCUCGUCGUCUUCUGGUUUCGGGUCCUAUCCGUCGCCAAGUCGCCGUGGACCGUGGACCGUUGUGACUCAGUCUCGAUUACCAGUUGGGUUCUAAUAACUAUGGUAUCCACCAAAAUAUAGAACAGAAAAAGACAAAAAAGACCCUGACCUAACCUCUCAUCUCUUUUCUCGUCUCUUCUCCGUUCGCUGCCUCCGCCACUCGGCUCUGCUCUUCUGCACUGUGUUUCUCCUCUCGCUGCCGGUCUCUGUUCUGAAAGGAAGAAACAUAGAAAGGAAUAGAGACCCUUUUGCUGUGCAAGUUUCCAACCUUUUUUUGUUAUCUGGUUGGAUUAAAGAAUAGAAAAAGAAAUGGAGGAUGAUGGAGUUCGGCGCAUGUCCAGCAGAACACGAAAGGUUGCUUCGAAAAUGGUUGCGGCUCUUGCCAGCACUGAUAACCGAACCCAGGCAGCUAUUGCACGACUUGAUGCUUUGGAGAAUGACAAUGCAGGAUUUGAGGUGGCAGAUGCUAAUAAUGAUGAUGAUGAGGCCUCUCUAGACGAUGAAGAAGGGUAUAUGCAAAAAAAGCAAUCUAAGGGCACCAAAAGGAAAACUCGGCAAGCAAAAGCACUUGAGGCUAGGAAGGCUCCAAGAACAUUCCUUGAGCUUAUACACGAGGCAAACUUAGAAUCAUUGCCUCCACAUGUUCCUUCUUAUUUGAGAGCAGCAGUUGGACCUCCAAGUUCAACCUCCCGUCGCCACUUCUGUACUGUUUGUGGUUUCUCAGCUAGUUACACAUGCGUGAGAUGUGGUAUGCGCUUCUGUUCUUAUAGAUGUCAAAAUGUGCACAAUGAUACUCGUUGUUUGAAGUUUGUAGCUUGAUAAAUGUGACUUCUUGAGCAAGAUGCUAUUGUAGACUGUAAUUGCAAUAUUGUAAUAUAUCAUUAUUACUAUGAAGAAACAUGUCUUUGUCUCUACUUACCACAUGUUUGACAUGAAAAGAAGAGAGAUCUUGAAAUGUUUUGGGCUAUUAAUUAAGUAGUAUUCAGUAAUUCAGUUAACCAUAUAUCUGACCCCUCGUGUUCUGUUGAUUUACUCGGCCUGUUGCUUCAAUAUGCUAUACUUAUUAUUUAAAUCUUAAAAUAUUACCUUUCUUAGUGUGAGACAGGGAUAGUUCUUCCUUACUUUGCAUGUAUAUGUAUGUUGUAUACAUACAAACCAUAUAAUUGACAGUUGGUGCAUUCUACUGAUUUAGGCAUUCCCAUAAAAUGAGGUCCAUGACAAAUUAGGAUAACUUCACAUGCUGUUUUAUAAUGGCCUUCUUAACAAUUAUUACCCUGUAGACUUGCAACGGGGUCAGUUCUUCCACUUAAGGACCAAAUAGUUCCAUUGUCAAAGUUUGUUAAUACCAUAUUUUGGGGAAAUACACUCUUUUCCUGCUAAAAGUCGUCUUGGGAAGCUUUUGCUUUGAAAUUUUGUCUGGAAAUUUGAACGAAUAAGCUGAUGAGAACACACUUAAUGCCUAGUUGUGAAGUGUUUUUCUGUCAACUUGAUAGAUUGAAACAGGUAUAAUAACGAUAAGAAAUAAUUUUAUAUUAUAAUUAUUUUUAAGAGAAUUACAAUUCAGCUAAUCAACAAACCUCUAAUGUGCUGCUCAAUUAACCAUAGUUUAGUUUGGGAGCAGCAUAAAUGAGAAAGUCAUUAUUUAUUUGGUGGAUAUUCUUGAACAACCUGGGAAACACAGCAGAAAUGCUAUAACAAAAACAACACACAAAAUUUAUAACAAACAAUACUUUCUUGAUCUUAACAUGGGGGCAGAUCUAUCGGUGGAGGUAUUACUGACUGUGAUGGUCCAACUCCAUUCUCCACUAGAAAUGCUGUUGCCAAACCCCAAUUUAGAUGUGAAUCUAUGUGACAGUGGACAAACCAAAUUCCUGAUUUUCAGCAGUGUAAGAAAAUCAUGUAAUAUGUCAGUAUGUAGAUACAACAAAAACUGAGAGACAAUUUUGCAGUAGCAUAGUGUGUUACCUGGAUUAUCAGCCAGAAAUCGAAUGGCUACCCAUCCUCCAGGAGGUGUUCCAAUGGUGUUUCUCACUGGUGGAUCAACAAGGUUAAAAUUGGCUGGAUCCGUUGCUGGAUUGAAGUUGCCAAAACCUGAACCAACUACAAAGAAGUGGAAUCCAUGAAUGUGCAUGGGGUGUUCUUCGGUAGUUACUAUACUUGUGUCCUGCAAAACAAUUUGCACCCUAGAACCAUACUUCAACUUGUAGAGCUUUGUUCCUUGGGAAGGUGUCCAUAGUCCCCGCGGCACACUGCCAGUAUAAUUAAAUUGUACAGGUGGAACCGGAGGGAAAUCAGUGGUGAAGACACCAGGUAUUCUUUGAUAGUAAGCUUGCAUUAGGGAGGUGGUCCUUGGGAGUAUAAAAGAAACAUUGUUCAUGCUUGCUGUGAAGCGAGUGCCAUUAGGUCCUUGACACCUAGGACUAUUAGGGUUUGUGCAGUUGAUCAACCCCAAACCCACUAUGAAGUAUAGACUCACAUCAACCUUUGUAAAGACUUGAAUCCUAGAAAGACCCCUGAGCCCAGUAGUGAAUGCGGUGGCAGUGGCUGUAUCAUUGAAGGCUGGAAGAACCGGCAAUAUUGGUCUGUUCUUAUUACCGCGGCUAGCGGAUCUGUAUUCAAGUAUUGCUGUGGUAGUGGUGUUGUCAAAGGCAGCAUUUUGUGCUGUUUGAUAGGCACGUGCUGCCAUGUAAUAUCGACCUGGUGGUUGGUUGGUAGUGACUAGGACGUUGAUCGUCUGACCAGGUCCUAUAGUUAGGACUCUUGUGGGGAAAGGCUUGGUGUAAGCAGCAUCUGUACCAACAACUGUCAUCAUGUGGUUGGCAAUCCCAAAGAAGAGUUCUUGAUUGAGUGCACUGUUGAUGAUCCUCAAGAGAAUUGUCUCCCCGGCAUCUACCAGAAUGCGUGCAGUUUCUGCAUUAUAUGCUAGUGUUAUCUACCAUUUCUAUAUUCUUUUCAAUCAUAACACUAUUUAAACCCAUAUGGAAGUUAUGACUCUUGUAACAUUUCAAACCUUGACUCGAGCAUCUGUAGAGGUCACCAGGUUGCCCGUUAAUGGUAUAUGCUACUGAUACAUUUGGUGCUGCUCCUGUAAAUUGUGCCUGCCUUAAGAGAAGCAUUGGAUCCCUGUCAAACCAUUCCCCUGUGACAUCAUCCCAACAUAAUCUGUUAAGCUUUUUAAGCAUUGAUUAGUUGUUUUAGGUUGAUCACUGUGCUUAGACAUCGUUAGAAGUUGAGUUGAGAGCAGGAUAGUACCAAGAAGGAUGGGAAAUUCUCGCCGAGGCGUAGGGAAGGGAUAAGGCGAGCCCAUUUUGGGAUGGAUGAUCAGAGCUCCAUAGACAGUGGCUCUUAGGAAGCUAGUGUGUGCAUGCCACCAUAGUGUCCCUUCUUGGUUUACGAUCGUAAACCGGUAUGUGUAACUUCCCCCUGGCUUUAUGGGACACUGAGUCACAUAGCUAGGUCCAUCUGCCCAUGGAUUUCGCAGCAUCCUUAAUCCAUGCCUGAUGCACAAGACACGGGAUCAAAUUGCAAGGAAGACAAAUUUCAGUUAUGUAUCACUAGCAUUGUGAACUAAUAGCACAGAGAAUAUUUAAGUUAAAUACUCUGAAUGAUAUUCAUGUGAAGAUAAAUGAUCACGUUAUUUACCAGUGGAUAGAGAUGUUGUACUUUGCUGCAUUUACUACUUUGAUGACAAGAGAAUCUCCGUUUCUGGCCUCCACGGUUGGCCCUGGAAACUGACCAUUGACAGUGAGUAUGUUUUGAACUUUGCACAGCCUCUUCACUGGCUUAGGUUGAAU